GACUGGGUGUGUUUGGAGGGGGUCACAUGUAAUUUGUUUCUUUCUGUAGCAACUGAUGUGACAAGGGUGGGGUCCAGUCACAGGGGGCCAGGCAAGAGGUCACAGAGGAACAGUGCGGAGGAGGAUGAGAGGAUCCAGAACAUUCUGGCAUUAAUCUUUGUGCUGAUCCUUGUGACUUUGGCAAGAGCCAGCUCUGCUUCUGUAUUCUACUUUGGGGCAUAUUUAGAGCUUCGCCCCGAUGCCCUCACCUGCAGGCUCACACAGCCCUUCCCUUUGGGCGACACCAGCCCCCAAUAUUGCCUCCUCCCCACCUGGCUCUGGACUAAGCCCACCCAGGACUCCACAGCACGAAGCCGGCCCCAGGCCCCUGAGUUGCAAUGGCGUGGGCCAAGUAGUAACAGCAAACACUGGUGCAGCAUUUACUUAUAAACCCACUUCAUACAUGGAACUGUCCUAUGCAGUGGGUGCUACUGUCACCAGCCCCACUUCACAGAUGAGGACACCAAGGUGCUGCAUGGUUAAGGGAAUGGCAGUGCCAGGCACAGGGGCAGCCUGGGCCCAGGCUCUGUGGGCACAACCACUGCCCACCCUGUCUGCGGGGUGCUCUCCAUCUGUUAGUCUAAGGGCUAGGGGCCUAGCACACUCCCACCACACCAUUUGCUAUCAGACAGACAUACGGGCAGGACUUGAGGUACCCCUGAGGCUCGCCAAGAAUUGGGGAGGAAAGCUGGGGGUGGGGGGCAGGGACAGGAGCUGGGCAGGGCCAAUGAGGCCCUACCUUCUCCCUGGAGAGACCUCAGCUCUCUGGAAUUUGUCUAUAUUUAGCAGGUGGCGGGCAGGAGGCAGAUAAGCAGAGCCUGGGAAGGGGGGAGGUCCCCAUAUAUAGUGGGAUGGGCAGGACCCCCGCUCAGUCCCUCUUCGGGUGGCCUGUGCCUGCUUGAUACCCGGUGUGACUUCUCUCAAGAUGCCUGAGCCAGGGAAGAAGCCAGUCUCAGCUUUCAGCAAGAAGCCGCGGUCCAUGGAGGUGGCCGCAGGCAGCCCUGCCGUGUUCGAGGCCCAGACGGAGCGGGCAGGAGUGAAGGUGCGCUGGCAGCGGGGGGGCAAUGACAUUGGAGCCAGUGACAAGUACAUCCUGGCAGCCGAGGGCACACGGCACACGCUGACAGUGAGGGACGUGGGCCCUGCCGACCAGGGGUCCUAUGCAGUCAUCGCAGGCUCCUCCAAGGUCAAGUUUGACCUCAAGGUCAUAGAGGCAGAGAAGGCAGAGCCCAUGCCAGCCCCAGCCCCUGCCCCUGCCCCUGCUGAGGCCACUGGAGCCCCUGGAGAAGCCCUGGCCCCAGCCACUGAACUGGAAGGAAGCGCCCCAAGUCCUGAAGGGUCAAGCUCAGCAGCCCCCAGUGGCCCUGAGCCUGGGUGCCCUGGAGCCCCCGAGGACCCCAUCGGCCUGUUCCUGAUGCGGCCUCAAGACGGCGAGGUGACUGUGGGCGGCAGCAUCACCUUCUCAGCCCGCGUGGCCGGGGCCAGCCUCCUGAAACCGCCUGUGGUCAAGUGGUUCAAGGGCAAGUGGGUGGACCUGAGCAGCAAGGUGGGCCAACACCUGCAGCUGCGUGACAGCUAUGACCGGGCUGGCAAGAUCUACCUGUUUGAGCUGCACAUCACCGAUGCCCAGGCCACCUUUGCUGGCGGCUACCGCUGCGAGGUGUCUACCAAGGACAAAUUUGACAGCUGUAAUUUCAACCUCAUCGUCCAUGAGGCCAUUGGCCCCGGAGAACUGGACCUCCGAGAAGCUUUCCGCCGCACGAGCGUGGGCGGAGGCGGUCGGCGGACCAGUGACAGCCACGAGGACACUGCGGUUCUAGACUUUAGCUCACUGCUGAAGAAGAGCAGCUCCCGGACCCCGCGGGACUCGAAGCUGGAGGCACCGGCCGAGGAGGACGUGUGGGAGAUCCUGCGGCAGGCGCCCCCGUCGGAGUACGAGCGCAUCGCCUUCCAGCACGGCGUCACCGACCUGCGUGGCAUGCUCAAGAGGCUGAAGGGCAUGAAGCGCGACGAGAAGAAGAGCACAGUCUUUCAGAAGAAGCUGGAGCCGGCCUACCAGGUGAGCAAAGGCCACAAGAUCCGUCUGACCGUGGAGCUGGCUGACCCUGACGCCGAGGUCAAGUGGCUUAAGAAUGGACAGGAGAUCCAGAUGAGUGGCAGCAAGUACAUCUUCGAGUCCGUGGGUGCCAAGCGCACCCUGACCAUCAGCCAGUGCUCGCUGGCGGACGACGCGGCCUACCAGUGCGUGGUAGGCGGUGAGAAGUGCAGCACGGAGCUCUUCGUGAAAGAGCCCCCCGUGCUGAUCACGCGGCCCUUGGAAGACCAGCUGGUGAUGGUGGGACAGCGGGUGGAGUUUGACUGUGAAGUGUCCGAGGAGGGGGCCCAGGUCAAAUGGCUGAAGGAUGGGGUGGAGCUGACCCGGGAGGAGACCUUCAAAUACCGGUUCAAGAAGGAUGGGCGGAGACACCACCUGAUCAUCAACGAGGCCACACUGGAGGACGCGGGGCACUACGCGCUGCACACCAGCGGGGGCCAGGCACUGGCCGAGCUCAUCGUGCAGGAGAAAAAGCUGGAGGUGUACCAGAGCAUCGCCGACUUGACGGUGGGCGCCAAGGACCAGGCCGUGUUCAAGUGCGAGGUCUCGGAUGAGAACGUGCGGGGCGUGUGGCUGAAGAACGGGAAGGAGCUGGUGCCCGACAGCCGCAUAAAGGUGUCGCACAUCGGGCGGGUCCACAAACUGACCAUUGACGACGUCACGCCUGCCGACGAGGCUGACUACAGCUUUGUGCCCGAGGGCUUCGCCUGCAACCUGUCCGCCAAGCUCCACUUCAUGGAGGUCAAGAUUGACUUUGUCCCCAGGCAAGAACCUCCCAAGAUCCACCUGGACUGCCCCGGCCGCAUGCCGGAUACCAUCGUGGUUGUGGCUGGGAAUAAGUUACGCCUGGACGUCCCUAUCUCUGGGGACCCUGCUCCCACUGUGAUCUGGCAGAAGACCAUCACACAGGGGAGUAAGGCCCCUGCCAGGCCAGCCCCCGACGCCCCAGAGGAUGCAGGUGCCAGCGACGAGUGGGUGUUUGACAAGAAGCUGCUGUGUGAGACCGAGGGCCGGGUCCGUGUGGAGACCACCAAGGACCGAAGCAUCUUCACAGUUGAGGGGGCAGAGAAGGAAGACGAGGGCGUCUAUACUGUCACGGUGAAGAACCCUGUGGGCGAGGACCAAGUCAACAUCACAGUCAAGGUCAUCGACGUGCCAGAUGCCCCUGCGGCCCCCAAGAUCAGCAACGUGGGCGAGGACUCCUGCACAGUGCAGUGGGAGCCACCUGCCUACGAUGGCGGGCAGCCAGUCCUGGGCUACAUCCUGGAGCGCAAGAAGAAGAAGAGCUACCGGUGGAUGCGGCUCAACUUCGAUCUGCUGCGGGAGCUGAGCCACGAGGCGCGGCGCAUGAUCGAGGGCGUGGUGUACGAGAUGCGCGUCUACGCAGUCAAUGCCAUCGGCAUGUCCAGGCCCAGCCCUGCCUCCAAGCCCUUCAUGCCUAUCGGGCCCCCCAGCGAACCCACCCACCUGGCAGUGGAGGACGUCUCUGACACCACGGUCUCCCUCAAGUGGCGGCCCCCAGAGCGCGUGGGAGCGGGGGGCCUGGACGGCUACAGCGUGGAGUACUGCCGGGAGGGCGGCUCGGAGUGGGUGGCCGCCCUGCAGGGGCUGACGGAGCGCACGUCGAUGCUGGUGAAGGACCUGCCCACGGGGGCCCGGCUGCUCUUCCGAGUGCGAGCACACAACGUGGCAGGGCCUGGAGGCCCCGUCACCACCCAGGAGCCUGUGACGGUGCAGGAGAUACUGCAACGGCCGCGGCUCCAGCUGCCUAGGCACCUGCGCCAGACCAUCCAGAGGAAGGUUGGAGAGCCUGUGAACCUCCUCAUUCCUUUCCAGGGCAAGCCCCGGCCUCAGGUGACCUGGACCAAAGAGGGGCAACCGCUGGCAGGUGAGGAGGUGAGCAUUCGCAACAGCCCCACGGACACCAUCCUGUUCAUCCGCGCUGCUCGCCGGGCCCACUCAGGCACUUACCAGGUGACAGUGCGCAUUGAGAACAUGGAGGACAAGGCCACGCUGGUCCUGCAGAUCGUUGACAAGCCAAGUCCUCCCCAGGAUAUCCAGGUCACCGAGGCUUGGGGUUUUAAUGUGGCUCUGGAGUGGAAGCCACCCCAAGAUGAUGGCAACACAGAGAUCUGGGGUUACACAGUGCAGAAAGCUGACAAGAAGACCAUGGAGUGGUUCACUGUCCUGGAGCACUACCGUCGCACCCACUGUGUUGUGUCAGAGCUCAUUAUUGGCAAUGGCUACUACUUCCGGGUCUUCAGCCAUAACAUGGUUGGUCCUAGUGACAGAGCUGCCACCACCAAGGAGCCUGUCUUCAUCCCCAGACCAGGCAUCACAUAUGAGCCACCCAACUACAAGGCCCUGGAUUUCUCUGAGGCCCCAAGCUUCACCCGCCCCUUGGUGAACCGCUCAGUCAUCGCAGGUUACACCACUAUCCUCUGCUGCGCCGUCCGGGGUAGCCCCAAGCCCAAGAUUUCCUGGUUCAAGAAUGGCCUGGACCUAGGACAAGAUGCCCGCUUCCGCAUGUUCAGCAAGCAAGGAGUGUUGACCUUGGAGAUCAGAAAGCCCUGCCCCUUUGAUGGGGGUGUCUAUGUCUGCAGGGCCACCAACUUACAGGGCGAGGCACAGUGUGAGUGCCGCCUGGAGGUGCGAGUGCCUCAGUGACCAGGCUGGCUCCCUGGGGAUGGGCAGGUACAACCAGAUGCCAGCCCUAUGUGCCAGUAGCCUGGAGGGAAGAUGGAGAAGCCCCUUCCUGCUGUCGGAUGUGUGUGUACAAGUGUGUCUCCAGGGCUGGGGAGAGGACGGACCAGCGAGCAACAGUUAUGAUGGGAGGCCUGGGUGGGGGCUGCACUGGCCCUCAGGCCUUCUGUGGAAGCUCCUGGAUCUCUGGGGCAAAAGGGGGGUGGGUUCAAGAAAUGGCAGUUGAGGACAGGCCUGCCAUGGCUUCCCAAUGUAUAAGGGCAAUAAAAGAUCAGUGCAGUAACAGAGAACUCACUCUUCCUACCCAAUUCCAAUGUGUUGUUUCCACAACAAAUCACUGGGGCAUUUACUUAUCUUCACAACAAACUGAGGGCAGGUCUUCUGUUUCCUGAUGGUUAAAUGAGGCUCAGAGUGGACCCCUAAGCUCAUAAAGCUUUAAUCCUAGAAGGAACCUCAGUCUUCCCCCACUACACUCACUCCUCAUUGAGGAGAUGUGACAGAGGAAAGUAUUUAGCAACAGAGCCAGAAACCCGGGGUGCUCCUGCCUGGUCCCAGGUGCUCAGACAACCCCUGUGGCCCAUGGUCACAGCAGCUUGGGGCUGAGGUAGUGGCGAAUCUCAAUAUUGUGAUUGUGUGUCCACAAGGCUUGGAGUGCAGCUGUGCUGGGUUGCUUUGGGGUCCCAGUGAGCAACAAGCCCACAGCCCAUCCAUACCCGUGUCUUACAUGGGAGAAAGCAAUCCUGUCCCACCCAGGACACUGCGACCAGAAAGGUGGAGGGGCCAGGGCCCUGCUCUGCUCUUACUUUUCCUAUAGGGAGCCUAAAUCUGAUCAUCAGUUUCCUUUUGGGAAGAGGAAGCCAGCAGGUCUCAGAGGUUCUCUGACUGUAGUGGGUGGAGCACCAGGUUUUUCUGUGGCAUAGAAAUUCCAUGAAGGCUGGUCAUAGGGUUGCUUCGUAAGUGUUCUUCCCAGUCAAUGGAAGACACUUCUGGCCAGGAGUCCAGAGCCCUGGGCUUCAGACCCUGUGGGAGGCCCCGGCUGAGUCACAGGACCUCUCUGGACCACACAUAACCUGUACAAGGAACGGGGAGGGCCAGGGAUUUGGAUUUUUUUUCACUGCCAUAUUAAUCUCUGUUCAGGUGUCAAUGCCAGUCCGGCUGCUCCCUCUAGUGGCCAGUUCAUAGCACCACAGCCCUCCGCAGGGCCCCGGAGCCACAGGGAAGGAGAGCUCUCUCACAGACAGCCUCUUCUGGGAGCCCUGAAAGCCCAGAGAGUGGUAGGCAGGAGCUGAGACCUCUGUGCCAGAGCUUGGAUGUGGAUGACCUCAUCUUCCUUCUUCCUUCAAGCCUGAAGGUAUCUUUUUAGAGUCUAGGG